AUGAAAACGAUCGAAUUAAAAGCAGAAGAUAUCUUAGCAACAAUGAUCUCAGGAGAAGUAGUACAGACAGAACAUAACAAAGAGUUAUGGGAAUCUGAGGACGAAAGAUUAAAUCAAAUUAUUGAAGAAUAUGAUAAGAAAAUAAGGAAAUAUUAUAAAAAUCAAGAAAAACUUAUACCACAUCACAUUUGUAUAAAAGAAAAUAUGCCUAUAGUAAACAAGAGACAAUAUAGAAUGAAUAUAGAGAAACAGAUUGAAGUUAAAAGACAGUGUGAAGAGAUGUUGCUUAAAGGAAUAAUAGAAGAAUCUAACUCACCUUGGAACUCUCCUAUAAUUUUAGUUCCAAAGAAAGAUAAUAAAUGGAGAAUUUGUGUAGACUUUAGAUUGUUAAAUAACAUAACAAAAGAAGAAAGUUGUCCUCCACCAACAACACAAGAAUGUUUUGAUGUAUUAGGUGUUUCAAAUUAUUUUUCAACUCUUGAUUUAGAAGCAGGAUAUCACCAAAUACCUAUGGAUGAACAAAGUAAACAUAUGACAGCUUUUACAACUGUAACAGGUAAAUAUCAUUACAAGAAAAUGCCAUUUGGUUUGAGAAACGCACCAUCACAUUUCCAAAACAUAAUGUAUGUAGUUUUACAGAAAUUUAUUCCGAAUAAAUGUAUAGCAUAUAUGGAUGAUAUUAUAGUCUUCUCAAAAGGAAAAGAAGAACAUUAUAAUAUUUUGAAAGAAAUUUUGAAUCAAUUAGCCGAAUAUGGAUUGAAAAUAAAUUUAGAUAAAUGCCAGUUUAUAAAGAAAGAAAUUGAAUUCUUAGGAUUUAAAAUAAUGGAAAAGAAAUUGUUCCCAGCAGAAAGUAAAAAUGAAAAAUUACAAAAUAUACUAAAAUCGAAAAAUAAAAAGGAGUUAAGAUCAGCCUUAGGAUUCUUGUCAUACUAUAGACAAUUUAUAAGAAACUUUGCAAGCAAAACAAAACAGUUGAACAAAUGA